AUGUGCUCUAUCUUGGAUGAAGUUUUUGAAGCUAGAGAUUUUCACCUUCUCUUAAAAUUACUAAAAGAAAAUUCAGAAACUACUUCUUUGAUCCAAUCGGAGCACAUAGAGAUAUUGUUGGAGAAACUUAGGCUUGAAGUUGAAUGUAGGGUUAUUACGGACAUACUAGCAGUCAUAGCUAGAAAUGAAUUUAAAAGAUGUUUACUUGUGGGGAAAGGCACCAUUCAAAGUUUGUUUGAAGUGAUUAAUAAAGAAACCUUCUGUUCUGAGGUGGCUCUUAAUGCUUUACGGACCAUUGCUAAUGUUUGCUACGAAAACGGCAAACUUGGAAUCUCUUUAUCACACAGUGGCCUCUGGAUUAUUAUGCAACUUAUGCGCCGAUAACGAAAAAAUAGUUAAAGAGUUGCUCCGCAAGUCUUUUUUAAAAGAGCUCCUAAAACUCCCAUUUCAUCCAAAGGCGGACCACGAGACUUUUUCCAAAUGUUUGCACAUACUUACAUAUCACGAGUUUAUGCUUAGAGAAUUUGCUCGGAAAGAAAACUUGGAAAAGAUAUUGAACUGCUUUGAAGUUGGUAAAGGAAGCAGCCUAUACACUGAGUUAAAUCAUCUGUUGAACUUAAUUAUCCACAACGAAUCAUUAUUAAAUAUUAUCAACGACGAGUUCGGAAUAUCUGCACUAAUUUCUUUUGGCGAGGACUAUGCAGCUUGCGACAAAAGGCGUAGAACAUUUAUGCUUGCAGCGUCUCUGCUUAGUUUGGAUUGCUUUAUAAAUAGCUCCUAUUUAGAAGAGAAUAGAAAUGUUGUUCAACUUCUGAAAGGUUGGUGCUGGGAUGAGGACUCGGAGGUUAGAUGUGCUGGGGCUCUUGCCUUGGGUAACUUAGCCCGCUCAGACCAUAACGCUUAUCUCCUCGCGGAAGACGGCGUGAUAUCUCUGCUUACUUCCAUGUUGACUUCGAAUUACGUUAAAGAGCAACACUCCAUUUUAAGCGCACUGAGAAACCUGGCGAUUCCCGAAAAGAACAAAAGUGCCGUAGUGAAGGCGGGGACGCUCGAAUUAAUUGGAAAGUAUUUAGCGGACUCGGCGUUUCCUGCUGUCCUGCAAUUGUCCAUAUCAAUCAUUAAGUCGCUAUGUCUCUAUGCUCCCACAUGUAAAGAGGUUCUUAAGAAACCGCAAAUACUGUCCACACUGGAAAAGUGGGCUAAGCAUGACGACGAAGAAAUAAAGUCUGAAAGCAUACGCAUCUUUUCCUUUAUCAUGCGGACCUCUUUAUCGGAAAGCGCUUAUAAUGAGCUAAAAAAGUACGGAGCCGUCGCUUUAGUCAUAGAGUUGUUGAAUUCUAGAUUUGAAGUAUUAAAAAACGAUGCUCUUCUUGCCUUACAGGCCGUUGCGCGAUACGAUGAUUCAAUACUAGUCGAUAGCAUGAACCUGGAUAAAUAUAUUUGGGAAAUAGUGAAGGGGACCAAAUGCGACGAGAUGCGAUCAAAUGCUUUCAGUCUCGCCUUAGUUAUUUUGUCUCAGCGUGAUCCGCGCGCAUCGGCUAAUGAAUAUACCGAGUGGAAGUUGUGUGCUGAAAAAUAUGUUAAGUCGACUCAUAAGGGAUUGCGCUCCUCGGUCACUGUGCUACUGCAACUUAUUUCGUUAAAGGUUUCUAGUUUGACCCAAUAA